CAAGGUCAACAACAGUCAACAACAUCAAUUUUAAUAGAAUAUACCUAUAUAUUUUAUUAUUUUAAAAUUAUUUGAAUAAAAUUUGAAAAUACAUAGAAAAUUCCUACAGGUAUAAAGUUAGGCAUCGUCGAAGCAAAAUAAAACGUCCUCGUUCAGUAAUUGCUCAAGGUUCAACAUCAGCACCAAUUGAUGAUGAGACUGAACGUUCAAGAAGUCGUAAAUCACUUGGACUAUCAAGAAUAACACGUAGAGAUGGUAUUGCUAAAUGCAUAAAGUUAAAUACACAAAUUAAAAAAAAUAUUAAAAAUGAAACACUAUUAGUAUCAAGUCCACUACUUCCUCGUACAUCACUUCCGAAAUACAUGGUAUCAAAUCUUCAAACACCCAGAACAACACAGAUGAUAAUGGAGCGUGUUAAUGAUGAUUGCUUGGCUGAAAUAUUCAAGUAUGUGCCAGCAUGUGAGAGACUGAAAAUCGCACUGGUAUGCAAAAAAUGGGAAAGAGCCCUUAAUUAUUCUUGGUUUAAUGUCAAAAAAAUUAAAUUAACUUAUUGGCGAUAUCAUGAAUUUCCAUAUUGUUUAAGAAAUUAUCAAACGUUAGAUGAAGUAUUGAAUUUUUUAAAGUCACUGCUUAAUAAAUGUGGUCGUUAUUUAAAAACAUUAGACUUGACAGCUUAUUGUUUUUGUAACAUAGUGCCAAUUAUCAAUGAUUAUUGUCCAAACCUCGAAAAACUUCGAUUGAGAUUCAUCUCGAUUGACGAUACAAUGUUAUUCAAUGCAUUUACACGUUUAUCUAAACUAAAAUCCUUGACAAUUAUAUUUGAAAAUAUGAAAGGUAAAUCAAUACCGGUGACUUUAAUAAAUUCAUUGAGAAACAUUGCUGAUACAUUAACUGAACUGAAUUUGUUAAAUUUUGUCAAUCACUUGGAUGAAAGCUGUAAUUAUCCAAAAGAAUUUGAUUGUGUGAUUCAUGAACUACAAGUCAUGGAAAAGUUUGAAGUUGCUGGUAUACGAGGUUCCAAUGAUUUAUUCAAGUAUUUCAAACCUAAUGAAAUGCCAUUUUAUUUCAACCAUAAUAAAUAUCUUGAAAAACCUCCUUAUCUGGGACAUUUGUUUAUAAAUAUCAGGUCAUUAGAUUUAUUAAGUUGCUAUAUUAAAGAUGAUACUUUGUAUACUAUUGCCAAUACCAUCAAGCAAUUGAAUAGUUUAACUAUUAAUUGUGCUCGAAUAACCGAUGACGGUGUAGUAGUACUUUCAAAGAUGAAUAAUUUACAAGAUAUUUAUUUGAUCGGUGAGAAUAAUGUCAUUGAUUCUUCAAUUCAAUUGCUCAAGAAUAUAGUAAAAUUAUCUUUGCCACGAAGCAAUAAAAUUACUGAUGUUUCAGUCAUGAAACUUGUUGAAAAUUCACUAAAAAUUAAGUACCUUUUUCUUCUCUACUCAAGUGUGACUGCUAAUUUUGUCAAAAAAGCAGCAGAAAUAUCAAGCAAACGAAAACAACAUUUGGCAAUCACCAUUAAUUCAUUAAUACCUGAUUUAUUUCGUCAUGUGGAUAAAGUGCCGCAUAAAGAAUUUCAAAAUUAUCCAAAUGAUCUGCAUUCAAAUGAAACAUAUUUUCCAAUGGGAAGUGGUGGUUUAACUAAUGUAAGUUAUUAA